GGCGGGAGUCACGAAAUGACAAGAUGGCGGACGCUGCGUGAAAAUAAGAAGGUUGACUGAGAAACCCCUUUUCCAAGGAAUGACCAUGACUGAAGGAACAUGAGGUCAACCAAAGCCAAGUGUCCACAUGGACCGGAAGGAACCAUCUUCGGCAGAGUCCAGGGGGGACCAGCCUGCAGGAAACUCGCUGUGAAGAAGUUCUCAGAUCUGCUGUCCAAAGAGCAAAUCAGAGACCUCGGGCCAGUUUCAGAGACCUGGUUUGAAGACCUGACAGCUGAAGCCUUGUCUAAUGACAGAAAUGCAGUACAAGACGAUCUUCAAACACCCCUGAAGAGUCAUCACCAUGGCAACGGUCAGACAAACACUGCUGCCACCCCAGUGCCUGAUGGGAAGGCUCCCAUCACCCCCUCCAGCUGCUCACCGUCCCUUUUCAGCCCUAAUGUCCCAGAAUGCAACAGAACAGACCAAAGAAGCAGAUUCAGGUUGGAGAACAACAUGGGGCAGUCCACACCAGUUCUCCCUCAGUCUCAGAAAAAAUUUCUGGGCUUUUCAGGUGUGAGUCAGCUGACAGUGGAGGAUCACCACACCCUGGGGCACAUCCAGCCUAUUGUGGGGCUCUCCCCUGGGGUGGGGGGCAGUCCCCUGCCCAUACUACCAGAGACAGAAAGUUCAGUACUGUCAAGGAGACUUUUCAAGACUCCACAAGGUCCCUCCAGUCAAGGGUUCUUCAGUGAACCAAUGGCAUCCAGGUUCCUGCCGACCCCUGAACGGCUGACUGUGACCCUGGGAGGUGACCUGAACUGUUCUGCCUUGUCAUGGACCAGCUCCAUGGCAACACCAGGCACUGCUGCCAUGGCAACACCAGGCACUGCUGCCAUGGUAACACCAACUGCUGCCAUGGCAACAACUGAAGCUGUGGAUCCAGAGGAUGUUUAUGAUCAAGAAGAAGAUCUUGGUAUUGCCACUGAUGGAAAGAAGCUUGCUAGGGCACUCUUUGUCCAGUGUGAAGAAGAGGCAGAUGCAGACCCUGAUCUAAAACCAACUCAGGAUAAGUCCCAGUCAGAGGAAAGUCUCAGAGAUGUGUCCUCUACUCAGCGUUUCCAAUUGCAAAGGAAUGGGACUCAAGAGUUUGAGAGCACUCUGGCACAAACUAACACAUCAACCACCCAAGAAACAACUGCCUCAGAAUCAAAGGAAACAGCAGGUAGAUCAGGGAAGCAUGGAAACAGUGACUUGAAUGACACUAAGAAAACUAAAGUUCAAACAAAAGUAGCCAAGAAAGAUUCAAGCCAGUCUCACGGAAGCUCAGGUAAAAACUCUGUCCAAGAUGAGGUGGACAAAACAUUGGACUUCCUUUUUGCCAAGUCAGAAAGAAGGAGUCAGAAGAAAGACCUGCCACCCCCUAAGAGAAGAAAGUGGAACAGGCCAACAAGUGAGACACAGUCUGGGGCUGUACCAUUAGUAGGGGAGACAGGUGUUGAUGAAGAUGACUCUAAAGAUGAUAAUUGUAAAUCAGGAACAGUCAGAUGUCAGCAGGAAAGAAAUGUCAGCUGUAUAACCAGAUUACAGUGUGAAAGGUCAUUGAAUCAUGUUGAAGAAGCAACAGAAAGUCGGAAAAGUACAAAACCAUCAAAUUUUGUGGAAAACCCAAAAGGUGGACAGAAUGUAGCAUCUCCUGUUUCUGUGGUCAACAUGGAUUUCUUCUCGCAGAUCUCUCCCACAUCGCUGCAGGAAAUCUGCGAAGCUGCAGAUGCUGCUGCAGAAAAGUCUGUGGAGUCCAAAAAUGAGAGCUCAAGGGAUAGGUACAAACUAGAGCAUCAGAUUCAAUCUAGUACUUCCAACUAUAAGUUACUAGACAAAAGGGUCAGUAACACAAAAGAAUCAGGUUUAGGUAGAGAGGACAGUUGUGAUACAAAAUCCAUAGGGAAGGAUAGGAAAUCUAUUGAGGGUUCUUCUUGUUCAGCUGUGAAAGGUAAAAACUCUGAUCUGCAACCAGAUGCAGUCAGUUUGUCUGAGUCUCCCUCCCCCACCAACCCAACCCAGGGCACAUUGGAUGUCAUGAAUGUCAGCUCACAAGUCUUGAAACAGCAAACGCGUGCUCAGGAAGGACACCUAGCAGCUGAUGUUGGUACUGCAAGAGUUGAAGCGGACAAGACUACACUUGGUCCAUCAAAACAGCAGAAACAGACAGCCACUCCAUCUCUCGUCUUUAAUCUUAAAGUGCCAGCCAAGAAGGAUAGCCUCCAAGACACUCCCAAGUUCUCGGUAACAACUUCAGCCAGCACCAUGAACAAAGGAGGAUCAGCAAGGAGGUUUUUCUACCCAACAUCAUCACAGAUUUCCAGGUCUACACCAAAAACACUUUUCCCUAGUAAUAUGCAUGGGAAUGUGAACGAAUUUAAGGGAACGGUUAAACAUACUGCUACCAUUCCAAGCUCUGCUUUAAGUCCAUCUCAUGGGCAGGGUGGAAAACAGAACCCACUCACAACAAGAGAUGUUGCUAAAGGAAUUUCUUCUAGGACUUUCAGGUUGUCCAAAAGCUCUGCUUCGAGUAGACCACAGAGCGCCAGAGAGCACAGCAAGAAAGACUUAAAUACUGAAGAACCAAACUAUGAAUCUGAUUCUGACAGAAAUGACUUUCACAAGUCUGAUGAGCUCUCUACUGUACACAAUCAGAGUACAUUAAGUAUUAAAAUGACAAACAGUAGAUUACCACAGUUGGAAAGGGUUACAAACAAGACAGGAUGUACAAAGAACCGAACAACCUGUAGCAAUGAUGUUAUAACAUGCCCCAUCUUAAGCUAUGGAGGAUUUCAGACAGCUUCAAGAAAGGAGAUAAGGAUCUCUGAAACUGCUAUGAAGAAAGCGGCAGCACUGGCUGCUGAGGUUGAUGCAGAAAUGGCAAAGACAAGUACAGAUAUGUUUUCAACUUCAACAUGCGUUGACACAGCUUCAAAGAAAGACGUCACUGAUGUCACAAAGGAUGCAAUCCAAAAAGAAACAAGAAGAACAUUCUCGGAGGCACCAAGAAAAGACAAAUGUCUAGGGAGUGGUCGGGAGUUUGUUGGCUUUUCCACAGCUUCUAACAAGAGGAUUGAGAUCUCUGAUAAAGCCUUGAAACAAGCAAAGGCCAUGAUGUCCGAAGUGGACGAUUCUCUUCUAGCAGAAAUGGCAGAACAUACAGAUGGUAGUGGUGAUGCUACUUUGAAAGAUAGCAGACUGCCAUUGCCACUGACCAGCAGGUUGGUUAACUUCUCCACAAGUACAUUAGGGACAGCCAAGGCAUUCAGUGGAGAAAUAGACACAGUCGAUCAAGAGAUGUCCAACAGACAGCUGCAGAAAGAGUGUGGCCCCAUUUCAAACACUGAUCUUGUUGCCAUUUCUUCAACAAAGACGCCAGCCUCCAACCAUGAUGUACAAAAGAGUUACUCUGAUGAAGCUAGCUGCAAUGGUCUCUCCGUUAGAAUUCCCAAAGGAGGGACAAAGCGUCAUGGCCCCCUUCAAGAAUUCACUGGCUUCCAGACGGCUUCUAAGAAGCCCAUUCAAGUGUCAUCAAAUGCAAUGAAAAGAGCAAAGAUUAUAGCACAGGAAGUUGAGGCCAGUAUGGCUGGACAAGGUCAGUUAGAAGAGGAAAGGGACCGUAAUCCUUCCUUAAAUGCAAAAGGUCUUGAAACAACAUCAACCAGUGAUGACGUAAGUAGUACCAAGGCUGUAACAGGCAAUCUGGAGGAUUUUGUAAGCACAAGGACUAGUAAGAACCAAGAGACCAGUCACCGUGCUGCAUCCCUGCACACUACAGGCUUCAAAACUGCAUCAAAAAAGCCCAUCCAGAUAUCAGCCGAUGCCAUGAUGAAGGCCAGAUCCAUGGCAGCAGAAGUGGAGGCAGGUUUAGCUUCAGGGAGUGACAAGCACCAAGUUUCGGACCAAACCAUGAAAGCUGUUGUCACAGGUUUCACCACAGCUUCAGAAAAUCCUAUCAGAGUAGCUGUCAGUAGCAUGGACAAAGGUAAAGCUCUCAUAGACGAAGUAGAGGCAAGCCUUCCUCUGAGUACCUCUAACACUAGUAACAGCUUUACCACUGACCAAAAAUGUGCUGCAGACUGUCCUGGAUUCAGGACUGCCUCUGACAAGAAUAUCUCGGUCUCAGCCGAGUCCCUUCAGAAAGCCAGACUGCUUCUAGCAGAGGUGGAUGAAGGCAAGACUGACCAACUGUCCAGCACUGAAGAUGGUUCAGCAAGAAAACAUGCUAAAACAACAGCAACAACAAAACCAGCCUUAGAAAAUGGAACCUAUCUGAAACCCAGAGGGCCUCUGCCAUUUAAGCCUCCAUCUAAAGUUUUGGUGUCAGGGAAGUGCUCUGAAUUGUCAGGUAGACUAAGAUCAGUUCGAACUACAGCCAACAACAACUCAGUUCAUUCAAUGAGUACUGCUGCUGGCGCUCCGUGUAAGCCUUCUCAGCUAAUGGGAGAAGAGAACAGUUUGAAUGACAGUUUCCAUGACGACCAGCUGUUCUGUACCCAGAUGGUGUCAGCAGCUGAGGUAGCAGAAAGCACCUAUGCCUUCCUACAAGCAGAGAAGGAGGGUGGGGGCAGUGAUGAUGACUUUGGGUUCUCUGACCAACUGGAAAACCCGGAGAAGACUCCAGAUCCAAGCACAAGCAUUUUCAGUGGUACAGAGAAAGGAAGUUUUGACAGCAAAGAAACUAGGAGUCAAGACAGCUCUAGCAAAGACAAGCAUCAUGAAAUUGUUCAUGCACCAGAAAGUGAGAGUGGCCACACCAACACUGCAAAUGAGGCUAUUUCAAAAUGCACAGAAGUCACUUCAGUUGUGAGCCAGCAUACUCCCAAAAGCUCAGGCCAGAAGGCAGUAGCACAGGAAAAUGGCACGGCCAACCCUACAGAAGUACAAAAGACAAGUGGCAAAGCUACACAGGGACACAGAGUUGUGAACAAGAAGUUACAGUCAACGAAAAGGAAGAUUGUGACAGUUUGUGACACAGUGAAAGAGGCAGACACUGCCUUGCUAGACGAGAGCUUUGACCUUGCCUGGGGUUUGGUAGAUGAGAUGGUAGUGAAGGCGAUGGAAGCUUCAGCUCAAAAAUCAGAAGAAAACAACACAUCUGCAAACCCAGGACAGGACAGGCAAGCAGACACUGAUCAUAGACACUCUCUGGACAGUGGGUUGGAGGAGAGUAUAAUCACGUCACAGGAAAAUAAUGUAUCCACCACAUAUUCCAGCAGCCUGGAAGAACCCAGAUACCACAGUACAUGUAUAUCUCAAGCAGGUCAACAGAAGACUGAAGAUGUCAGUGUGAAGAAACAUACCCAGCAUGAAGAUAGGACCUGGUCUUACAAGUCGUGUCCUUUAACAACUGCCAGUGGAAGAAAAGCGUCCGUUAAAGAAGGAGCCCUGAAGCAUGUGAAGGAAAAGUCAAAAGAAGAGCUCUUACCAGCCAAGGAAAUUUCUGUCCCUUUCAACAAGUUGUCAAGAUGUACUUCUCCAACAGAGGUCUCACAUGGGAGUUCUAUGGAACAUUUGAGGGAGACCUUACCUGAAGACAACCAAUUGAAAGGUGAUGAAGAAAUGGAGUCAUCCAACAAUGUAGGCUUUAGCACUGCAGCAGGGAAGAAGAUACAAGUUUCUAAGAAGUCACUAGAGAAGGCAGGGCAGCUUUGGGACAGUACAAAACUGGAAGAAGAGGAAAGGAAGACAUCUAUGUCGGGAGAAACAGACUGUCCACCGAAGUUUCAGGGUUUCCAGACUGGAAGUGGACACCGGGUCAAAGUGUCAGAUGCAGCCUUGGCUAGGGCAAAGCAGAUGUGGGACGAUUCAGGACAGCCAGAACAGGACAUGCUUGCCAUUUCUGCAGAUAAAUGUCUCUCCAAGGCAGAAGGUUUCAAAACUGCAAGUGAAAAAAGAAUGAGGAUAUCAGAAAAGGCACUACAGAAAGCACAGCAGAUGUGGAAAGAGUACAAAGAACCACAAGGCACUCCAACUUGUAACAUGAAUGCCUCUUCAUCAGGGUUUCCAGGGUUCCAAACUGCAAGUGGGCACAAGGUAGCUGUGUCAGAGGAGGCACUGCAAAAGGCACAACAACUCUGGAAGGAUACAGAUAGAGGAGAAACUGAGCUGGAGGUAGAUGUGAAGAAGAAACAUUGCAAGACAUUUCCUGGUCUUCAAACUGGUGGAUGUAAGAUCAAUGUCUCAACAGAAUCAUUGCUGAGAGUGAAACAAAUGUGGAAGGAUGAAGAUGAGAAUGGCGACUCACAACGGGACAACUCCAGGAAAUUUGCAACUGCCGAAGGAAAACAUGUUCAAGUGUCGGAACAGGCACGGCCGAAAGCAGAGGAGCUGUGUGCUGAAACUGUCAAAAGCUCCUCUGGUCAUAAGGAAAGUUCUUCAGGGUUCCACGGUUUUCAAACCGCAAGUGGCAAGAAAGUUGAUGUUUCAGAUCAGGCAUUAUCAAGAGCCAGAGAGAUGUGGAGGGACACAGUGGAUGAUUACGUUGAUAAUGUCAAAGAUAAUGAUGCCACGACAAAAGACAGUCUGAAAUGUACAGGUUUCCAAACUGCAGGAGGGAAAAAAGUACAUGUUUCAGCAGAAGCUCUGCAAAAAGCAAAGUUGGCUUGGAAGAAUGAAGUUGAAGAGACAUGUCCAGGAAGUUCUGUGGAAACUCAGGAUUCUGCUACCUUCGAUGAACAGAUCAUCAAAAAGAAAGACAUGACAUGCUCUCCGAAAAAUGCGUUAUCUGCAGGAUUUAAAACUGCCAGUGGUCGUACUGUCAGUGUUUCAGAAACUUCUCUCCAACGUGCAAAGCAGAUGUUUCAGGAUGUCGAAGAAGCCAACAUUAGCAAGUCUGUCCUUGGCAAAGAACCAGUGGGUAGUUCUAAACUACCAGAGUUUCAAGGAUUUACUACAGGCAGAGGACAGAAAAUUGAGGUUUCAAAGAAGUCUCUACAGUUUGCUAAAAACAUGUGGAAAGAGUCAGAAUCAGGCUUUGCCGAUCUAGCAGAGUCGGCAAAGAAGAGCCCAGAAGACAGUGAAAAGACCACCGUCACAUACAGGGGCUUCCAAACGGCCGGAGGUCAGAAGAUACAUGUAUCUAAAGAAGCGCUACAAAAGGCAAAGGCACUGUUUUCAGAAGAUGCCCCUCUGCCUGGGAGCAAUACUCCUGAAAAGACACCACUAGCCGAUCAGGGACAAUCCAAUAUUGGUACAGAAUUUAGAGGAUUUCAAACUGCAAAAGGACAGAAAAUUGAGGUUUCGAAGAAGUCUUUACAGUUUGCCAAAAACCUGUGGAAAGAGUCAGAAUCAGGCUUCGACGAUCCAGCAGAGAUGCCAAAGAAAAGCCCAGAAGACAGUGAAAAGACGACCGUCACAUACAGGGGCUUCCAAACGGCCGGAGGUCAGAAGAUACAUGUAUCUAAAGAAGCACUACAAAAGGCAAAGGCACUGUUUUCAGAUGAUGCGCCUCUGCCUGGAAACAAUUCUCCGGAAAAGUCACCACUAGCCGAUCAGGGACAAUCCAAUAUUGGUACAGAAUUUAGAGGAUUUCAAACUGCAAAAGGACAGAAAAUUGAGGUGUCGAAAAAGUCUCUACAGUUUGCUAAAAACUUGUGGAAAGAGUCAGAAUCAGGCUUCGACGAUCCAGCAGAGGUGGCAAAGAAAAGCCCAGAAGACAGUGAAAAGACCACCGUCCCAUACAGGGGCUUCCAAACGGCCGGAGGUCAGAAGAUACAUGUAUCAAAAGAAGCACUCCAAAAGGCAAAGGCACUGUUUUCAGAUGAUGCCAGUCUGCCUGGAAAUAUUUCUCCUGAAAAUUCACUACUAACCGAUCAGGGACAGUCCAAUAAUGGUACAGAAUUUAGAGGAUUUCAAACUGCAAAAGGGCAGAAGAUAGAGGUAUCAGAAGAUGCACUUCAAAAAGCUAGAGCCAUCCUGUCUGAUGAUUUCAACCAAGGCCAUGAAGGAAUGCAACGAGGCACCAAGGUGGAAAGCCCAAAGGAUACAAAUGCUUCAAAGUUUGCAGGUUUCCAAACGGCCAGGGGACAACAAAUAGAAGUGUCACAGGAGGCACUCCAAAAGGCACGGGAAAGGUUGUCAGAACACAAAUCUAUGGAGACAGAUACAGGGUUUGCAGAAAGUACUGCGGAACAUUCGCCUCCACUGCAAAGAAGUGACCCUAGAGCUUUGUCAUCGGGAACAGACAAGUAUGGACACGGUACCAGAAUUGGAGUGCCUCAGGACAAAGAGGAACAGUUGCACAGAGAUAGAAGUGCCAGGAAAAGAACUCUGACUUCAUCAGAAACAAAGGCUAUUUGGCCUCCAAGUAAGAGACAGUCCCCCUCUCCUGCUGGUUACCAGGCACUACAUGUGGGACACAGACAGGCCUUCAGGCCUCCACUAGCCACACAUCCUGAAGGUGUGGUCCAUGAUCGCCAUGGUUUCUCUGUCCGUACUCGACUGCAGCCGCUCCACUCAAAGCCUCGACAGGACUUCAGAAGACCACCCAGCGUGCCCCCACCAACCCGCCGGCCUGUGGUGUCCACACCACAAGCACACAACUCCACCGAAAACUCCUUCAAAACUCCCUUCAAGUCUCCAGCCCCAACCUUCUCUGCACCUUUCAAAGCAAAGCCUGGAAAAGAGGAUGGAGAAACCGAAUAUGAUUGUCCUGACCGUGCUACUAAAGACAAUAUUCCAGAUAGCCAGGAAGCAUGUAAAGAUGACAACAGUAAGCAGACCAUCCAUCCAGAGUAUGGCAGCUUGCUGCAGAGAAGACUGACGCAGCAGUGCAGGGUGGGACUGCGGGAGGCUGUCUGCAGCCAGACACCGGGAUCUUACACAACACAGGAGUUGUACUCCUAUGGAGUUCACCAGUCCACUUGCACUGUUACAUGCGAGACAGCGGAGUCCUUUAGGUUUGUAUGUAGAGACCACGUCAGCCCUGACACUCUGGACAGGGGAGAGGGCAUCACACUAACAGACGGAGGGGUGUUGGUACCACUGGAGGAUGGCACUGCAGGGAAAGAUGAAUUUGUCAGUGCUUUGUUAGACACCCCUGGAGUGGACCCUGGCCUGGUGACUCCAGAAUGGAUCCACAAUCACUACAGGUGGAUUGUCUGGAAACUAGCUGCCAUGGAAGCAGCAUUUCCUGUACAGUUUGGGGGAAGAUGUCUAACCCCUGACCAAGUUCUGAUGCAGCUGAAGUAUAGAUAUGACAGAGAAGUGGACCUAUCACAAAGAUCGGCACUGAAGAAAAUCUUGGAGAGAGAUGACACCCCGUCCAAAACCCUGGUCCUCUGUGUGGCCAGGAUCACAUGUACACCUCAUACUAUCAGUCAGGACUGUGCCACAGAGCAGGAUUCCAAAAAAGUGGCCAACACCAAACAGAAGGAGACCAUUAUUGAGCUGACUGAUGGGUGGUAUGGUGUAAGAGCUGCCCUGGACCCUCCCUUAGCCAGAUUGGUAGAGUCCAAACGCAUUUGCGUGGGUCAGAAGCUGUGUGUGUCUGGAGCAGAACUGGUCGGUUCACAGGAUGCUUGUUCACCACUGGAGGCUCCUGCCAACCUCCUCCUGAAGCUGUCUGCCAACGCCACCCGCCGUGCACGCUGGGAUGCCAAGUUAGGUUUCCAUAGCAACCCGCAGCCGUUCCCCGUCAGCCUGGGUUCCCUGUGUGUGGACGGAGGGAUGGUGGGGUGUGUGGACGUCAUGGUCCUCAGGAGUUAUCCCAUGCAGUACAUGGAGAAGUACCCCAGCGGCAGCAGUGUGGUGAGAAGUCGUCGUGCGGAGGAGAAGGCAGCACGGAAACACGAGGGGGACAGGAACAGGAGGAUGGAGAAACUCUACUCACAAAUACAGGACAAGUUUGAGAGGAGGACAGCAGGAAAAGGAAGCAGUGUCGGGCGCAGACGAAAGUCUCUACAACUGAAGACAGAAGACAUAGAGAACCUGCAGACUGGACAGGAGAUCUACGAGGCUCUGCAGGGGGCCAUGGACCCUACAGAAAUUGAGCAAUGUCUGAGUCCUGCCCAGCGCUCCCGUUUGUAUGACCACCAGCGCAGUUUGCAGGCAGAACAGCAGGGGGAGCUGCAGGCAGAGUUCCGCAGGGCCCUGCAGCAGCUGGAUGAUGAGAUCCCAGUCCAGAGGAACGUGGUGGCCAUGUACAGAGUCAGGCUGGCUGACUACCAGUACAAGGGGGCAAGAAAGACAGAGCUGACCCUGACAGUGUGGCGACCCACUGACAAUGUGAUGGACAUGCUGAAGGAGGGUAGAAGACUCAAGAUCUUCCACCUCUCCACUUCUGCUGCAAGAAACCAGGUGCAGCUAGCUAGCACACGUACCACCAGGUACCAAGACUUACCUGUGAAACCUGACACACUGGAGGAGGUGUACACCCCCAGGAAGCUGGCCACCUUUGAAGAGCUGUGCGCCUCUGACUUCAGCCCUACCUGUGGGGAGGUGGAUGUUGUAGGGGUGGUGGUGUACAUCACUGGACAGUCUGGAAACAGUAGUGGAGUACAGACUGUGUUCUUAGCUGAUGCAGACGGGAACCUUUGCUCCGUCAAGUUCUGGGGAGGAGUCUCGGCACACAGCCUUGAAGACGUCUUGAAACUGCGGGCCCUCGUGGGAGGAGUGAACCUCCAGUGGCGGCCAGAUGAUCGACUACGAGUGCCGUGUCUGACGUUUGGUGACCAGGCUGACUUCUCACAGAAACCACAACACUCACACCUCAGAGAGGGACUUGCACGGCUGGAAGAAAGUGUGAAGGAUGUGAAGUCCUUUGCAGAGUCCAUGGUACAGGAGGUAGAGAGAGUUGUGUACAGCAGGCAAGCCUUCUCUCCUGGUCCUGCCAACACUUCCCGUGCCUGGCCCAGUCCAAACCCAGGAAACAGGACAGCACCUCACACACCUGGGUCCAGAAUCUUCACUCCAGCAAGGGCACACAGUACCCCUAACAACAGUGUCUCCACACCAAGACUUUUACACUGUACAAGCCCAGCUGCACAAGUAACUCCUUAUGGUGGGAAUGCCUCACACUUUGCUAAUGUGCAGAGCUCAGGUAAAGGCAAGCCAAGUGCUCAGUCUAGAAGAAGUCUCCUUGAUCGUGUACCCUCACCACCCCCACUGACAACAUUGGUUAGCCCCAUCCCUCAUAGGGUUAAGAGGGCAUUCAAGAGACCUGGGCUGGUACCACUGAAUAAUGGGAGGGGGAGCCCUGCUUUUGUCCCUCCUAUGAAAAGAACAUUAGCAGAUGUUGAGGGGAAUGACCUGAACAAGGCAGCAACUGAUGUAGGCUCUGGCAAUGUGACUGAAAUUUCAGAUGCAGAAAUGGCUUCCAUUUGCACACAAAACACUCCGGACAAGAGGGAAGGAAGUGUCGCAAAUGACAUCGCCCAAGGAAGUACUGUAUGCACCCAAGCACAGUUUGACAGAGAGCAAAGAGAGGAUUUCAUUUCUGACACCCAGCUCCUAACAGCUUGUACGAGUGAGAAUGGACCAGGAAUGGACACCCAAACAAACACAGAAUCUCCAGGACAAAAGUUAAAGGUGACACCAAAACAUAGCAAGCCUUUCCAAAGGAGAGGUAGUGGAUUACAGAGGAGGGGAAGAGGAAGAAGAGGAGCAAAUGAUCAAGGAAUUGGUAUCAAUGCUGUUCAGGGUACUGAUAUAGAGAUGCCAGGACUGCAAACUACUCCUGUAGACUGCACAACCCCAGAGAAAGAAACAUUGGCAAUACCAGAAGAUGGAGGGAGUUCAACACCCUCUGCCAUUGACACUGUGGUUAUCGAGGAUGGUAUUGAGAAGAAAACUGAAGUUGAAGGCAGCUCACAAGACUCUGUGGACAGCCAGAAUGUGGCCACACGGACACGGUCAUCCCUCCGACUGGCAAAGAAGAGGAAAAGAUAGAGCCUGGUAGCU